GGAAGUUGACGUUUAAUGUGCGAAAUUCAAAUUGCGCUGACAAAACAUUCGUAUGUGGCACUCACUUUUCUGCACGUCGAUAGUUUGUUGACGGAUUGACCGUUCUUAUUUGACGCAACGCCACACAUUCUGGUGACCGAGAAAAACAUCAUCGGUACAAACGUGGGCUUUUUCCUAACGCGGCUGGUGGAUCGUGCAGCCAAAAGAGGCAGGAAUGCCCGUUGAGAGGAUGGAGCCCCGCGGAGCCGAAAAGCUCCACAAAUACUACGAGGUUUAUGAGACUAUCGGCUCUGGAGGGUUUGCUAAAGUGAAGCUGGGUCGUCACAUCUUGACAGGAGAGAAGGUGGCGAUUAAGAUACUGAACAAAAAGGAUCUUGGGGAUGAUCUUCCUCGUGUGAAGGUGGAAAUUGAGGCAAUGAAGAACCUCAGUCAUCAGCACAUCUGCCGUCUCUACCAAGUCAUUGAGUCCACCACACAGAUUUUCAUGAUACUCGAGUACUGUCCAGGAGGGGAGUUGUUUGACUACAUUAUAGCAAAGGACCGGCUGUCAGAAGAGGAGACGAGAGUCUUUUUCAGACAAAUUGUGUCUGCCAUGGCCUACGUCCACAGCCAGGGUUACGCACACAGGGACCUAAAACCGGAGAACUUAUUGAUAGAUGGAGACCACAACUUGAAGCUCAUAGAUUUCGGCUUGUGUGCCAAACCAAAGGGAGGCCUUGGUUAUGAGUUGAUGACGUGUUGUGGAAGUCCGGCAUAUGCUGCUCCUGAACUCAUCCAGGGAAAAGCUUAUAUUGGCUCAGAGGCGGAUGUGUGGAGUAUGGGUGUGCUGCUGUUCGCUUUGCUUUGCGGCUAUCUCCCCUUUGAUGACGACAGUUGCGUCGUGCUCUACAGGAAAAUUACCAGAGGAAAGUAUGAUAACCCUGCAUGGCUAUCCCCAGGAAGCAUCCUCCUGCUCAAUCAAAUGAUGCAGGUGGACCCCAAGUUGCGUCUGGCAGUGCAUCAGCUGCUUGAGCACCCUUGGGUAAUGAAAGACUACAACAGCCCUGUGGAGUGGCACAGCAGGCAGCCGCUGGGUCACAUAGACGAGGACUGCAUCACCGAGAUGGCAGUCAACAUGAAACGUUCCAGAGAAAGCACCACAGCUCUUGUUAAGGAGUGGCAGUACGACCACAUCACAGCCACGUACUUGCUACUGCUGUCGAAGAAGCAGAGAGGCAAGCCGGUGCGUCUCCACAUGGAGCCCCACGUCACAGAGGAGGCCGUCUCUCCACUACAUGUCCAAUUAGAGGUUAAGAAAUCGCUUCACUUUGCUGACGACGAGGACGCUCCAAUUCUGGGUGCUUUGGAUCUUUGCUCAGACUACAUAGAUGAUUGUCCAUGGGUACCCGUCUCUCGUCAGACUCCUCAAGGGGUACGCGAGAAGACCGAACGAAUUACAGACGACAAGAGGUUGCCAUCUCCAUUAAAGAAAAGAUGUAUUCGGAGCCCGCCGCUUGAAAGACAUCAAGUGACAGGCCAGCACCACCAGGAGAAGAGGUACAAGGACCACCAACAUGCCAAAGAGAACAGAGAGAAUGUUGUCCUGCAGGAGAAAGACGCGGACACAUUUGCACUGCCUCCACCUCGCACUCCGUCGUCCACCAAGAAGAACACACGCCCUAAGAGUGUGUUGACCACACCCAAUCAAAAUGGCACCGGAACCACACCAAAAGCUGCAGGCAGUGGCUCCAAAGAACCUGUUAAAAGAAAAGUGGCAGAGAGCAACAACAUUGAAAUCCUUGCCUUUAGUCCUGAAAGAAGGUCUCGCUCUUUGGACAUGGCCGGUAGCGGAGACAGCGGAAAGAAGCGAAGGGGAGGGCGAGUGUUUGGCUCCCUGGAGAGGGGCCUGGACAAGGUGAUCACCAUGCUCACCCCCAGCAAGAGACGAGCGCUGCGAGACACCCCGCGCAAGAUCAAGGCUCAAUACAACGUGACCCUGACGGGGCAGACCAACCCGGACGACGUGCUCAACCAGAUCCUCUCCAGCCUACCUGAGAAAAAUGUCCAAUACAGCCAGAAAGGCUACACCAUAAAGUGCAGAACCUGGGAUGACUUUGGCAAGGUGACCAUGGCCUUUGAACUUGAGGUGUGCCUGCUGCACAGACCCGAAGUGGUCUGCGUGCGUCGUCAGCGAAUAAAAGGAGAUGCUUGGGUCUACAAGCGCCUGGUGGAGGACAUCCUCUCCACAUCCAGCAUCUGAGGCUUUACAAGUUGUUGCUUUUGAAUACCAGCAAGCUUCAAAAGAAAUAUUACAUUUAUGUGCAUUGUGUACAGUCAAUACUUCAUUUCUUCUUCCCCAAUUUCUAAUUUUGUUUUACUUGUCAGUUCAUGAGAGAAGAAUGUAUGAACUUUUAGUGUACAGAUCUUUAUUGGGAUUAUUGGAUGUUCUUUUUGCCCUAAAUCUGCUUGAUUUAGGUCACUCACAAAAGCACCACUUACUAAUUGGAUGUUGUUUUUAUGUGUUUACAAUUCUUUGUUAGUUUUAUGUGGAUCAAUGUUUGUCUGACAUGUUUGUGACAGUGUAAAGGGAGCAAAAUAAAUGGUUUCUGCAUCUAAA